AUGAGUGAGGUCUGGGCUUUCUUGGAUCUCCAUUGGACUCCUCAAUGUAAAGUGGUGGUCAAAGCCUGCAUCUUCAAUAUAGUUAAUACUAUUUGGUAUAGGAGAAAUCAAAUUCGUGUUCAAAGCAAAGUGAUUCAUUGGCGUAGUACAAUAAACUUGAUCAUCUCCAAAGUUUCCCUUGCUGGUAAUUUAACAUCCAAAACGGCUGCUGCAAACAUAUAUGAAUUUACUAUUAUGAAGUCUUGCAAGGUGAAUAUUCGGCCUCCUAGAGCUCCUUCCAUUAAGGAAAUCAUUUGGUCUCCUCCUUUGCCCUCAUGGAUUAAAAUUAACACGGAUGGGGCCGCUACUAAAAACCCCUCAAGAUCUGUUGCUGGGGGGAUUUUUCGGAAUUCUAAUGGUGCUUUCUUGGGAGGUUUCACUCAUUUUAUUGGUCCGGCGGAUGCGUUGUUCGCGGAGCUGAUUGCCGCUAUGAUUGCUAUUGAGAUUGCAGUUUUCCAGGAGUUUUUGCAACGUUUGGCUUGA